GCGGAAUUUCGGCUAACCUUCAACGGGGACCUUUGAUAGUAACCAAUAUGGCGGCUCCCGGUGGAAGUUCGGUGUUAUUCGUGUGCUUGGGGAAUAUUUGCAGAUCCCCAAUCGCUGAGGCUGUUUUCAGGAAGAUGGCCACAGACAGCGGGGUAGUGGACAAGUGGAGAAUAGACAGUGCCGCCACGUCCACCUAUGAGAUUGGAAACCCCCCGGAUCACCGCGGCCAGGCCUGCAUGAAGAGACAUGGCGUGUCCAUGAGGCACGUGGCGCGGCAGGUCACCAAAGAUGACUUCAUGACUUUUGAUCACAUCCUCUGCAUGGACGAAAGCAACUUGAGAGAUCUGAACAAGAAGGCCAACAGCAUAAAAAACAGCAAAGCCAAGAUUGAGCUGCUCGGCUCCUACGAUCCUGAAAAACAGCUUAUUAUCCAAGAUCCGUACUAUGGGAGUGAUAAAGACUUUGAGACGGUGUAUGAACAGUGUGUGAGGUGCUGCAAAGCCUUCCUGGAGCAGCACUCAUAACAAACGACCAACUCCUGAAACCUGCAACACCUCAUCAUGUGACAGUCAAAUAUAAAUAUCUGAUUGAAACAACAGAGUCUUCAUAAGUAAACCAAUUGAUAGCAACGUAUAGAGAAGCACUUUGUCUUAAAUGUAAAAUAAGUUGUAAUGAAAUGUCAUAGGAUGCUGUCUGUGCAGUGGUAAACUGCUUUUGUUGACCAUGCCCUCUGAAGAGAGGAAAUUCACUGAAAUAAACCAGCUAAAAAUGUUGAAA